UUCUACGGCGGUAGUAUUGCGGCUGGGUCUGCGGGUUGGUUCUGGGCGAGGCGCGGUCCUUACCGUGGGGCCUGAGGCACGAUUCCGCCAGGGCUCCCGGGAUGUCGGUGGCCUUCGUACCGGACUGGCUGCGGGGCAAGGCGGAAGUGAACCAAGAGACUAUCCAGCGGCUCCUGGAGGAAAAUGACCAGCUGAUUCGCUGUAUCGUGGAGUAUCAGAACAAAGGCCGGGCAAACGAGUGCGUCCAUCUGUUUACUGGAUUUCUUGUGAUACGGACCACAUUCUGGCUUAAAAGAAAUAGUUGCAAACAUUCUGUUCAGUGCAGUGAUUCUCAACCUGAGGUACCAGCACGUGUUACACAGAAAUCUCAUUUAUCUGGCUACCAUUGCAGAUGCCAGCCCAACCAGCACUGCAAAAUCAAUGGAACAGUCUUCCAGUUGGCUGUCAUGAGGAGUAAUGGAAUGUAACCUACCUCCUGGGAAGCGGAGACAGGAUUGUUACCAACUGAGCUGCUUAAAAUGUGAAUGAAACCUCUGGGGCUCUUUUAAAAACGUGAAAAUGUGAGGAAAGCUACUAAAUUAAUGUUAUUCACAAUACAUGUAUUUCACAACUUAGCACACCACCUCACUGUUGACCCAGGGUGUCCUCUUUCCUGAAAUGAGAGUGUGUUUGGGUAACGAACACUUCAUGGGCACCUUCAAGCUGACCGUUUUAGUUUCAACCUAAAACGGAAACUGGGUUGGUGUUGGGCAGUUAGCGGAAUUAGGGAGCCUUUCAAGUGAGACUUUGCCAAAUGGACACGUAAGUGUGCCCCCUACCAGCAGUUUGUAGUUGUGGUGUCUCUGACUGCUCUUUUUGGGCUGCUUUGAAAUAAAGCUUGCCUUUCUACAAAGGA